AAAAAAACAGAACAAAAUACAUAGCAAUUUUUUUUUAAAAAAGAUUUUUUUGUAACGACGGAGAUUACAAAAUCCCGGAUUCGAUUCGAUUUGCCAGAGACCCGAAAAGAAUCUGAACACACACAAAAAAACCCAACUUUUUUGUUUCUUCUUCAACCUUCGAGCGUUUAGGGUUUUUCAAAUCCCCUCUUUCGAAGUCUGAAUUUGUUUUUUUUUUUUUUUUUGUAAUUACGAUCGUUGCGGAUUAAUAGUAUAUGUAGUAUAACACAGUGUUUACCAUUCAGAGUUCUGAGAAAUCUGUUCUGGGUUUUCGAUUGUUGCUGUGGGAAAAUCCAUGUUCGUCGCUGUUCAAUGGAUCUCUCUGUAGCGCAAUCCACUCUACCUGUCGAAGAAGAUGACCAGUGGGACUCUGAAGGGUUUGUGAUUCCAAGCUUGGAACUUGGAGACAAUGCUGUUGAUUCAGAAGUCCAGGCAUCGAAUCCUCCUUCUCCAAAGAACAAGACUGAAGAAAACAUCUACUUAGGACCACACGGAGCGCCUCCUUCACAGACAAAGCAGCAGCAAGAGGGUAACCUAUCGAACCGGAAGCAGCGGUUCAGGCAGAAGCUGGCUGAAGCGGAUCAGAGGAUGACCGGGUCAGGGUCAGGCCGGGAAAACAAGCUGGCCAACCUGCAAGAGCUUGUAGGCAAUGCUGGCAGAGCGGCUAACCUUAACGUGCCAAAGGGUUCGUCCAGGGACUGGCUCGAUCCACAUUGCCAUGAAUCACAGUUUGAGAAAAGGCAUCGCUAGUCAUCAGCUUUUACGUGUUCCCUUAGUGUGUUAUGAGAACACUCAGAUUUCAAGCAAUAAAGCCGGACGUGGUAAUGAAUCUAAUGAUCAUCUCUGUUCUUGAAGAGAUCAUCACCUCCUCUGUCUUUGAGCAGAAACAAAAGAGUGAUCAAAGGGUGUACUCUUAUCUUCUUUACUGUUUGAAGCUGGUAA